AUGGCUCGCGGAAAUCAGCGUGACAAAGCUCGUGAGAAGACCCAAAAGGAGCUGGCUUCGCAGAAAAAGAAAAAUACCAUGUCUGGCAAUGAAUUCGCGCGGACGAAAGAGGCCCAAGCUGCGAUCAUGCGGGCAAAACAGGAAGCAGGUGUGCAGAGCAACUACCCCUGA